AUGAGCACCCAACCAAGGAAUACAACAAAAAUGGUCUUCGAUGAUCACAAUGUUAUCUAUCUUCCUUCUACUGAGGGUAGUAAUACCAACACUGAAAGCACUGAUCGUAACGCCCUGUUCGUCCGAAACACCGACGAUGAUGAUAGCGCAGAGAGGCCGGGAGGCGCCUUAUCCGAAGAACCCAUUACGUGUUCGGUUUUCAGAAUGCUCCUUGGAAAACCCACCGACUUGCCCACUACGACGCAAAGUGGGGUGAACGGCGGGAUCCUCGACGAAGACUGCCUCAUCGAGUUACUUGACGAAGUCAAUGCCGGACGGCUUGCCAACGGGAAGAACCCGGUAGAGUAUCUAAGCGUGACAAAGCAGAUGACGGGACAACCUGGGCCCAAGAAGAGAAUCAGCCUACUUGGCACCCUGGAGCCUACAACGCAUGGCACACCAGCGACACCUAGCUAUCUACCAACACCGAAAUCUGCUACGGCUCCUGCGAAGCCCAAAACCUCUCAUCCGCCCAAGAAUGCAACGGAAAAGUCUAAGCCAGGUCCGAAGCCUGACAAAAAGAAGCUCAACCCCAUCAAGGGCUCUGGCCAUAAAACCGCGAAGUGA